AUCUCGCAAUGUUUUUCACUUUUCAAUAAUUGAUUUUCUGCCGCCGUGGAGGAGGAAAAAAAAAAAGUCCCAAUUUGGAAAGUGGUAUGACGACGUCGGUACGCAUAGAUGACUUCAAACAUUUGAGAAAGCAGGCAGUUUUGUUCCUAUCGCAAGAUCUCUUUUCACUACUUGAACAUUUAACAAUGACUUUACAUUAUACCCUUGUGUUUGGCCUUAUGGUCACCGAGAUGGUUGCUUUUGUUCUCCUAAUCCUUCCUUUGCCCGCGCACUGGAGGAAAUCUCUCUUUCUAUUCAUCUCUCGAUCGCCUCUGAUCUCCAAGAUUCAAUACUGCCUCAAGAUCUCUUUUGUCGGCGUCUUAGUUCUUUUCAUCGAUGCUGUUAACCGCCUUCAAAACACCUUGGUUUCUGAGAAUAUGGAUGGUCAGGCCCCUGGAGCCGUUCCCGUCGCCCAAAACCUUCAAAUGGACAGCUCUUUUGCUGCUCGAAAGUUCUACGCUCAACGAAACAUCUACCUUACUGGAUCCACUCUUCUGUUGUCGCUCAUCUUGAACCGCACAUACAGUUUGAUUCUCGAAUUACUUGCCGCUCAGGAAGCUGUCGCCGCUGCUCAGAAUGGAGAAGUCAACGACGGUGAAAUGACUCGUCUCAAGGCAGAGUUGAAAGAGCUUCGUGAGAAAGACAGUGAUGUUGCUGGCUUCAAAGAAAAGGUGAAGAAGCAGGCUGAAGAUUACGAGACCCUUGCACGACAACGCACAACUCAAAAUGCAUAAAUCAUGUAUCUACUACUACCAAAUAAACUCAUUGAUAGUCAUUUUUUAUAACGUACCAACCAAAUCUACUCUAUUGAGCUCUACUCUGCAGAGCCUGUGGGGUAAACAACAAAAGGAA